CGGAUUGCGUCGCCCUCUAUUGACGUGCGCGCGCCCGCACCUAGUUCUACCAGCGGCGUGACCGUAAAGAGGCACGGCCGUGUCGUGAAAGGGGCCGCAACACGCAGGGCGCUGGUUGACGGCCGCGACUCCAUUUUGUCCUCCGGUUCGUUGCUCCCGACUUGUGUCCUGCGGUUCCGGAAUAGCGGGGGAAGAUGCGGCCCUUGGACAUCGUGGAGCUGGCAGAGCCGGAGGAGGUGGAGGUGCUGGAGCCCGAGGAGGACUUCGAGCAGUUCCUGCUCCCGGUCAUCAACGAGAUGCGCGAGGACAUCGCGGCGCUGAGCCGCGAGCACGGGAGAGCCUACCUGCGGAACCGGAGCAAGCUGUGGGAGAUGGAUAGUAUGCUCAUCCAGAUCAAGACGCAGGUGGAGGCCUCGGAGGAGAGCGCGCUCAACCAUCUGCAGAACGCGGACGACGGAGUCGAGGGCAGAGGGACCAAACGGUGCGAGAAGGCGGAGGAGAAGGCCAAGGAGAUCGCGAAGAUGGCAGAGAUGCUGGUGGAGCUGGUCCGGCGGAUAGAGAAGAGCGAGUCGUCCUGAAGGAGGGUCGGCGGUUUACAGCCAGUGGAUUCUGGUCAACUGAUGGAGAUUGGCUGACACCCUGGAGAAGCUGAAACCAGAGAGCCUUUUGUUUUCUCUUUUUUUCUCUGUCUACACUCUGUCCUCACACUACGUUUCUGCUAUGGUCUGUGGUUAAUGACCUCAGUAUGAGUUUUGACUGUUAAAUGUUUUUGUUUGGGGAGGUACCUUUGAUUUGGAAAAUGCUCUCACAAGAAUUAGGGCCUAGAUUGUAAGCUGUCGCAGCAGUCACAUUUGUUCCUGGGCUUUCGUUAUUUCUAAAUUUUUGAGGUGCUUUGCUCUUUCUUGUGUGACCUGAUAGCUCCCUGGAACUUUGGGUCUGUGUGUAACAGAUGAGACUCAGUUGGAGUUCUCCGGCUCUGAAGGUGUUGAAGGAAAUGCAUUAUUUCUGGAAGACGACUCCAUGCAGCGAUUGCCAACGAAGCUGAAGAACGGACCAGACUUCAAUUGGGAAUGAGGAGGGGGCUGAUCUGGCUGGGACUGAUGAACCAAAAGAAGGGCUGCGGGAUGGUGUUGUGUUUGGGGACUUUAAUUUCUAUGUGAGACCAAAGGAGGAGAGAUGUAUUUUGUUCAAAUUUUAGGUUUUAUGCGGCACACUGAUGUAACUUGUCUGGUCAGAUUGUUUGGACAACGUAACUCAGCUUUAUGUGACAUGGAACCUAGACUAGGAGACGAGAUAGGUCUUGGUAUUCUGUGUAAUCGAUGUAAUAUCCUGAUGCAUUUCAGGGGAUUCUGGACAUAAAAUGAAAGCGAUAUUUGCAAAGGCCCUUGAGGGUCUGGGGAAGAAAAGCAAGGGCUGUCUGUUUUGGACCCUAAAUUGCACAGGGACUAGGUGUCUUCAAGAUUCAUAAGUUGUCUAGCUGUAAGUUCAUUUCAGUAGCAGACCUGACAAGUAUUUGAGGUCAAAACCCUACCGUGUGUUUAAAAAAAAUUUUACCAUGUUAAUAAAAGUAUUCAUUUGCUUGAAAAGACAA